CGCGUCACAAACGAUAAAUACAAACGCUCGAACCCACCAAUUAUUCACACCGCACUUUCAACACUCACUUCAUCAAACUUCAACACACUUCAUCCUAUCUUCAUCCUAUCUUCAUCCAAUGGCACCUAAACCCGUCUCCACUGCCUCAAAGGCCCCUGCUUCCACUGCUGCCUCAAAGGCACCUGCAAAGACCACCGACAAGGCAAAAAAGGCUACCAAGACUUCUGCCGCCGCUACUGGUGCUGAUGGUGAAAAGAAGAAGCGUCGUAAAGUCCGCAAGGAGACCUACUCCAGUUACAUCUAUAAGGUCUUGAGGCAGGUGCACCCUGAUACGGGUAUCUCCAACAAGGCCAUGGCCAUUCUGAACUCGUUUGUCAACGACAUUUUUGAGCGCAUUGCCACUGAAGCAUCUAAACUCGCUGCCUACUCCAAAAAAUCGACAAUAUCUUCGCGGGAGAUUCAAACAUCUGUGCGACUCAUUCUGCCUGGUGAACUUGCCAAGCACGCCAUCUCGGAAGGCACCAAGAGUGUCACCAAGUUCUCGAGCUCAUCAGCGAAGUAGAGUCAUUGUUCUGCUACUGUUGUCUCGUUGGACAGCCUUCGCUGUUGUAUAUUAGGUGUAACAUAUACAUUAUUUUAAUCUACUCUCUUCAAGCGGGAACGCGUUGACUCAUUCAAA